UUAAUCCCAGCAUAAUGAAAUUUGAUGUGAGUCAAGCAUUUAUACCACAAAUAGUGACUCAAUGCUAAAUAUAACUUAGUUCUUGUUCUAAGCAUCAGCCGAUUAGCUAGUAAUAAAGCUGUGCAUUUUCCUAUAAAGGGUUAGCCUUCAUUGUAGUAAUGGAAAUAUGGUUUGUGAUAUGAUGAGUCAGAACCUAUAAAAAUGUAGAGCAAAUCAAUACAAUUUUAAGGACAUAUUUUGCUCCUUUAGAAACGGGAGGAGCCGAGUAUGAACCUCGGGAGUGCAGAUGGGGGUGAACCAACAGAAGGAAGUAACCUCCUGAGCAGCGGUGAAAAAAGGCCACAAGAAACACCAACUGAAUCAAGUCAUUUGCAGAGACUGAGACAAACAUUUGCUCGCCGUCCAUGUGGAUCACCGGUUAGCAAAAUAACAGAUGUUGCCACGGAUUUUCUUCUGUGGGCUAUGGUUUGGUCAGUUACCAUCGGUACAUUUCUUCCUGGAGUAAACCCGUCUGGAAUCAUAAUCCUAUUGUUUUUUGCCUUUCUUGGAGAUACACUGUUCUGGCUCAUUAAGUUGCCUAUAUUGCCGCCACUGCCUGAUUUUCUUGGUGCAAUGCUUGCUGGGUUUCUCAUCAGAAACAUCCCAGUCAUCAGUGAUAACGUGCAGAUCGAGCAUGAGUGGUCUUCCUCUGUGAGAAGUAUAUACCUGUCUAUCACUUUGCUUUAUGUCGGCCUUCAACUGGAUUCAGAGGCCCUGAAGAAGUUGAAGGGUGUUUGCGUGAGACUAGCCAUGGGUCCUUGUCUUGCGGAGGCAUGCGCAUCUGCUCUUCUUGCUCACUUCCUAAUGGGUUUACCAUGGCGAUGGGGAUUUAUACUGGGUUUUGUUUUAGGUCCUGCAUCUCUAAGCAUUGUGGCGCCUUCAAUGCUCCUUUUGGUGGAAGACGGCUAUGAUGUUAAAGGUGUCCCGACCUUCCUCCUGGAUGCUUACAGCUUCAAUACCAUUCUAGCCAUCACUGGCUUUAACAUGUGCUUGGGCAUAACAUUUCCCACAGGCUCCACAAUUUUUAAUGUCCUUAGGGGAAUUUUGGAGGUCGUAACCGGUGUAGCAACUGGAUCUCUUCUUGGAGCUUUUAUUCAUUACUUUCCAAGCAGUGACCAGCGCGUUCAUGAUUGGAAGAGAAUAGUCCUUGUUUUGGGGUUCUCUGUGCUCACUGUUUUCAGCAGCGUGUAUUUUGGUUUCCCGGGAUCAAGAGGACUGUGCACGUUCGUCAUGGCCUUCCUUGCAGGCAUAGGAUGGACAAGGAACAAGGUGAAUUUCAUUUUAAGUUCUGUUCACAGCUACUUUCUGAUCAGAUUACUUUUUCAUUCCAAAUGCUGCCUUUGUGUUGCCACCCUGGGCGUUGCAGUAUUGAUGCGAAUUUUGACUGCAUUUCUGAUGGUGUGUUUCGCUGGUUUUAACAUAAAGGAAAAGAUAUUUAUUUCUUUUGCAUGGCUUCCUAAGGCCACAAUGCAGGUUGCGUUAGGAUCUGUGGCUUUGGACACAGCAAGAUCAUAUGGAGAUACACAGCUGGAAGACUAUGGAAUGGAUGUGUUGACAGUGGCAUUUUUGGCCAUCCUCAUUACAGCCCCAAUUGGACGUCCGCUUAUUAGUUUGCUGGGCCCCAGGCUUCUCCAGAAAACUAAACAUCAAAGUAAAGAUGAAGUAGUUCAAGGAGAGCCUUCUGAACAAGUUUCGAGGUGAAAAGAGACAAUGCUGAAUAUAAUAAAUAGAACACUGCUACCAGAGCCUACUUUAUCAAGAUGGAAGUUGAAAUAUGUAAUGUUUAAGCUUAAAAUGCAAUAGAACCAUAAGUGUAGCUAUUUCUUUACGAUGGUGGUAAUAUUCUACAUCUCCAAUCCUGACUGCUGUACCAUCUUUUUUUUUUCCUCAAACUCUCCUUCAUUAUGUAUCUUUAUUUU